AAUUGUCAGAAUUUGACUAUUUCUGCCGUAAAAGUGCAUGUGUGUGUUGUGCAUUAAUGAAGUUGUAAAUUCUAACUAAUUUCUGCAGUAGCGAAAACAUCUUCUGGGACUGUUAACCAGUAAGCGUCCAGGCACAAUAGUUCAAAUUUAUGUUUAGUUUCCGGCACUAAUCAUCUGUUUCGGCAUCUAGAAGAACUGCAUCUCGGAAGAAUAAACAACGAAGAUACUGCAUUUCGAAAUUCAAGUUAAUGAUUGGUUGAGCUUCGUCAAACUAUAAGUUAACCAAUAUGGAGUGUGUUGGGGCAGAAAAGGGUGAUUGUAGUAGUGAAAACUGUAGGCCUAAUGCAGAAUGUUUGCAAGAGACAGAAAAGGAAAGUGGUACUGUUCCUGAUGGUGAUGUGAAUGUUGAAAAAGUGGACUUCAAAGUAAUAUACAACAAGACGAAAUACGAUAUUAGUUUUGGUUUAGAUAGCACUGUCGGGCAGCUGAAGGAACACCUGCAGGAUGUCAUAGGUGUUCCACAGGCCAUGCAGAAAGUUAUGAUAAAAGGACUUGCAAAAGAUGAAAGGACACUGAGGGAACUUGGUGUUGUUAAAGGUGCUAAAGUAAUGGUUGUAGGCUCAAAAUUGGACGAUGUGCUGGCAGUGUCUACCCCCAGCAAGCAGGAAUUGCUAGAGGAGAAAGCUGUAUCCACAAGCAAGGAGCCGUUUUGCAAACAGAAACAACAUCGGAAGGUGUUGGAUAAAGGUGUUCCAGAAGAUGCAAUGCCUGGAAUAAAAAAUGCAAAGGAUCCAUUGCCACCAUUUCCUCUGUCAGGAAUGUUAAAUAAAUCUGGUGGAAAGGUACGUCUCACUUUCAAAAUGGAGCAAGAUCAGGUGUGGAUUGGCACUAAAGAACGCACUGACAAGAUACCCAUGACAUCAAUUAAGGCAGUUGUUAGUGAGCCGAUUGAUGGCCAUGAUGAGUAUCACAUAAUGGGAAUUCAGCUUGGGCCAACAGAGGCCUCAAGAUACUGGGUGUACUGGGUGCCAGCUCAGUAUGUAGAUGCCAUCAAGGAUGCCAUUCUUGGAAAGUGGCAGUACUUCUGAUUCUAUUCUGUGGUGACUAAAAAUUCAGAGUCCAUUGUGGGUGCUUCUGCCCUUUCAAGUAAAACAGUUUUGUGAUGUGACUGUAAUAAGACAUGAUAUGUAUUUUUCAGCACGAUUUUUCAUUCAAUUCGAUUGAAGUGGAGGCGUGCAUCUGCAGUGAGAAAGUUACCAGACACUGAUGUGAAUAUGUGAUUUAUCUGUAUUGAGACUUUUAGGUCUUUUUUAUGUAAAGCAAAAUAUAAUACUCUUACUGUUGCUAGCACAACAGAUUGGACUGAUGUAUGUAUUUAUGAGUUAUCAACCUCGCCUUUGCUUUCGAUAGCUGGACUUUAUGGUAUGUCAGUUUAUGAGAUUGUUUAAUUAUGUUUUGUUGAUUGUAACAAUGAUUGCUGUUAAAUUUUUAUGUUUUGAUUAUAUAUAUAUAUAUAAUAAAUGCACAAAUGAGAAACAGUUUUUCUUUUAGUAUGAACUGAGACUUGUUAAUGGAAUUACCAGGGCAGCUCAAUCAAAAUAGGCACUGUUUGAUCUAUAUACUCUUCCCAGUGUGGUGUACUAGUUAAAUACCUCCUUACUAGUGUUUGAUGAGUGCUUCUUUAACUCUUUCACUACUGUGAGCAUGUGUAUACAUCUUGCUACACCAUUCCCCAGCUGUUGUGGACGUCUAUAUGUGCGCCUCUUAGAUUUUCCUACAGUGCUAUGGGUGUUCCAUAUCUCAGCGAAUAAAAUAGUUUAUAGCAUUUAUCAUACAACAUAUGUGCCUCAUUGACUGCUAUCAUUUACUGAAAGAAAGGCGAAAAACCCAUUUCAGUAUCUUGAAUCAUUUAGGAGAUAUGAUGAUUUUUAUGACUGUGGUUCAUGAUGCACAAGAGCAUAAAUAGGCACGUCAUGAAUGACUGUUCUAGUAUGACUUUUCCAAGUUUUGUCUCCUGUUACAGUGUUGUAUACAGAUUUUAACUUUCCUCACUCAAAUUUUCUGAGCAUUUCAUUACGCCAGCUGACAAGCCUGUUUUUUGAGCUUUGGUCAAAUUGUGCUGAAAUCAUCAUGAACAGAUCUUCAGAGUUAAAUAUUCAUUCAAAAUCAAAUCUACUGCUAGUUUCAAUUUGUCUAUGAUGUCUCCAUUUCACAGCAAGUCACAUGCCAACCAUCUUCAAUUGUGUUGGACUAAAUUCAUCACUGGAAGCCUGACUCGCAACAAAAAUCUGCAAACCACAAUACUAAACAGUCUUUGCUGAAGGUAGUUGACUGCCAAAUAUAGAAUGAAGUGAUUUCAGACAUUGUUGUUGAGUUAGGCAUUUACGAAAAUUAUGAAAAAUCCUCGGAAAACUUUUACAUCAGAUUUCCAUAUUUUUGCAACAUUGUUUAUUUGAACAUUAAUUGUAAUCAAACUACCCAGCCAUUUUCUGAGAUGCCACAUAUACUUAUAUAUUAUUUUAUCGGGUAGUCAGUAAAAGUCUCCAAAGCUUGUAAGGAUGUUCCAGGGUAGGUUGUUCUGAGAAAUAACUUUUAAGAAAAAAAUUGGUACAUUGUGCCGUUUCUAAGGGAAUUUGUAUUGAAGUUAAGUCAGUCAGGCUGUUGUGUACAUAAAUUCAAGCAGCUCAUCAGAGAUGGUGUCGCCAAAUAUGUUCUUCAUCAGUUUCCUAAAACUGAGCAAGAGAGCGGUACAAAAAUUGGAAAUAGGAUCAGACCCGAGCCAAAGGCUGAGCAGUCUCGUGUGCAACAUCUAUGCUAUGGUAACAACUGACACUAAUUUCGUCUGAUGGGCUGCUCAAAUUUACAAAUGCUACAGCCUGAUUGGCUAACUUAAGCGCUAAUUAACUCAGAAGUCAGAUAUUUUUGGCUGAGUAUGUUAGGCUAAAUGACGGAUAGCAUUUUCUACUGUGGUAUUUAUGAAUGUUACUGUUGAUUUGAACUGCAGUAAAUUUUUGACAACUUUGUGAGGGAAUAAAUGUACUGUGCCUAUUAUCCAAAUACCCAAUCGAUAAAGAAGUGAAUCUGAUAGACUAAAAAUGUGUACCACACAGACAGAGUGAAAGACUGAUUGUGGAAACAGUUUUCUAGGCUAUGGCUAAGUCAUUUUUCCACAGUACCCUUUAUUCCGAGAGUUCUAGUGCCACAAGACACAGAACAACUUCUGUGAGGUUGUAAAGUGAGAGGUAUGUGCUGACAAAAGGCAGGUUAAGAGGUGGACCUAAUAUUGAUUAUUCUCCAUUUUUAAAUAUGCUUCACUGUGUGCACUCCCUGGGUUUCUUAAUACAACAGUUUGCACUCCCUCAGAUAGUACAGGAUGUUUAAAAAACUAUAUACAUAUUAGAAAGUAUUUAUAGCUUUACCAUGGCUAGGUUAUUGGAGGAAUGAAUACAUAGUUUAUAUACAUUCCUGCUAGGCAUUGUCUUCUGUUUGCUUGGUUACCUGUUGUAAAACGGCUAUUCCACAGCAGAAAUCAUUUGUGUUCUGUAAUUUGCGAAGUGUCACUCCGUGAGGACAGUGCAAAGACGUUUCUGGUUGGCGUGCCAAACCGAUCCUCCAAAUGGGUGGAAUAAGUACAGCUGGUGUCAACAGUUUGUAGACACAGGAUGUGUAUGUAAAGGAAAGAGUCCUGGCUGCCCUCAUGUUUCCGACAAAAAUGUCACAUGGAUUCAAACGGCUUCCCAACAUAGUCCUACAAUAUCAGCUCUUGUGAUUCGGGACUUUUAACUGCCUACAACAAUAAUUUGGCGUAUCUUAUGAUGUCAGUUGGUUAUUAAGCUGUACAAGUUACAGCUGUUUCAGGCUCUACAUCACGAUGACAAAGGCAAACUUGGCAUUUUCUGAUGGGUUUCAGAAUUAUAUUGUCAAUGUUCACACUUUUACACAGCAAGUCAUCUUCAGCGAUGAAGUGACUUUCCAUCUUAGUGGGAAAGUAAUCAAACACAAUGUUUGAAUCUGAGGCGUACAGAACCCACAUGGUCACACUGAUUCUCCCAAAUCAAUUCAUUUUGUGCAAUAUCCCACUUGUCUGUUUACUGCCCAUUCUUCUUUGAUGGAAACUUGGUUAACAGUCAGUAGGAUUUUACGAUGUUAUAAAAGUGGCUGGUUCUGAGGCUGAACAAGGACAACUUCAUUUUUCACUGCAGUCACAAAGUGCAUGAGUAUAUGAAUGAAACUCUAUCAAACUGUUGGUUUAGUUUUCAGACAGCUGCCAAAUUAGCACUUCUCAGUUGGCCUCCAUGGUCAGUGGACUUGAUUCCCUGUGGUUUUUUCUUGUGGGGUUUUGUUAAGGAUAACGUUGAUGUGCCAAUAGUACCACUGAACCUGGAGGAGUUGAAGAACUGGAUCUAUACUGGCUUAACAUCAGUGACAAUAUACAUGCUUACCUGAGUAUGGGAGGAAUUGGAGUUCUGAUGUAAUAUUGUUUAUGUUGCUGGUGGAGGACAUAUUGAUCAUUCAUAAUCUAAACGCGAGAGAUAUGUAAAUGUGUCCCAAGUUUCGCAGUUGUAUGUCUUAACAUUUUAAUAAAUGUAUACAUUUGAAA